GGAACACAAACAACCACAUAUUUUGGUAUUUCAUGAAACCAUGGAAACUCUUGUGUGCUUUUGGUUACUCCACAUGUAUUACCUUACCAUUGCUCAGGUGCCAAACCAUAAUUCCUAGUCUCUACCUCCUCCUUCUCAGUUCAUACAUCUCUAAAGCAAACUUUCCAGUAAAUGGGUUGUAAGAUAAACACCCCAAGCCCUCCAGUUCUAUUCAAGUUCUCCACAAGGAAACCAAGUCACAGAAUCAAAGCCAUUGCCUUCUCUUCUUACGGUCCAGACCAACCAGAAUCCAUUUCCUCCACCACCCUGCCAAAACCUGAUGUUUACACUGUCAACUUCAAAACUCUAGGAGGUUGCAAGCUUGGAAUCUCAAGAUAUCCAGACUUUGAAUAUAAUGCUCAAGGCGGGACAGGAACCGGGACAUGUACCAAGGCCAAAGACAGUAGUGACUUGAAUACAGUUUCAGUAUCAUUUGACAUGAAAACUCUGUAUAUCCCGCCAUUGACAAGUGGGACUACUAAGUUCUUGGGAUUGCCAUUGCCACCAUUCUUGAAGAUUGACAUAGUCCCUGAACUCUUUCAAGGGACUAUUGACCAGGAUUCUGGCAAGGUUGAUCUUGAAUUCAUGGCCAAGUUCUGGUUUUCCGUUGGGACUAUUUAUAGAGCUCCUCCGCUGCUUGUAAAGACAAGACUAACAUCAGAGGAAUCAACAGGAACAAUACGAAGUGGUCAGGGUGAAAGAUUGGAUAAAGAAGGGAAAUGCAGACUGGUAGGUGUCGCAACUGUUGAUCCUGUCAGUGAUGUCUUCAUGAACACCUUCCUUGGUCUUCCCACAGAAUGCCUGGCCAAACUCAGUGCUGCAAUUUCCUUUUCUAGUUCUUCUUGAUAAUGUCCAGAAUUCAAUCCUUAAUACUGUAACAUGAGCUGUUCAUCUUUUUAUACAGAAAAAUAUAGAAUAUGAUAAA